AUGUCUUCUAGUGUUGCACCAGAUGCACUUUCCUCUUUGCUAGUCCUGGUUCAAGGACUAGCUUCCCCCGAUAAUGUUAUUCGUUCUGAGGCCGAAAAAGUAUUGACUGCCGACUGGAUUGCUGAACGUGCUGACUUAUUGUUAAAUGGUUUAGCUGCUCUCGCUGCUCAGAGUCAAGACAUUUCUAUUCGCUCAUUUUCUCUUGUGCUCAUUCGUAGAAUUUCCUUUCGAACUCUCCCCAGUGAUAGCGAACUCGAAGUGUUUUCCAGCAUCUCAGCCGAAGCCAAGCAGACUCUUCAAAACCAGCUUUUGACUUGCUUUGUUCAAGAGAACGUUCCCACCGUUCGUAAUAAGCUUUGUGAUACCAUUGCCGAAAUCGCCCGUUCUGUUUUUGAUUGCCAAAACCAGUGGCCUGAACUUACUACCACCAUUUUUGGUACUGUCAAUUCUCCUGAAGAAUCCUUCCGUGACUCUGUCUACCGUACUAUCGCCGCCUUGCCUCUCCUGUUAUCAGGCCAAGAGGCCGCCGUUGCUCCCUUGUUCAGCACUGGCCUUAGUGAUCCUAGUAUCGGUGUCCGCGUAGCUGCAGUUCGUGCUUACUCAUCUGUUGUCUUGGAAAGCAAACAAUCUGUUCGCGAUCAAGUCAUCCCCAUGUUGCCCGCCCUCCUCAACAUUCUUCCUCCUUUACAGCAAGAACGUGACUCUGAAAACCUUACUGAAUGCCUCAUGGCCAUCACUGAGAUUGCCGAGGUCUUUCCCAAAAUUUUCAACGAUAUUUUCGAAUCCUAUUUGCAAUUUAACCUUGGUAUUAUCAAAGAUAAGGACCUUGAAAAUUCUGCUCGUCAAGCUGCUUUGGAAGCCCUUGUUUGUUUCUCCGAAGGAGCUCCUGCCAUGUGCAGAAGAUCACCAGAAUAUGCUAAUCAACUUGUUUUGCAAUGCCUCAUGCUCAUGACCGACGUGGCAGGUGAUGAGGAAGAUGAGGCUGAAAAUCUACAAGAAUGGUUGGACACCGAUGACCUUGACCAAGAUGAAAGCGAUGCUAAUUAUAUCGUUGCUGAACAAGCAAUGGAUCGUCUUUCUAGAAAACUUGGUGGUAAGACUAUUCUUCCUCCUUCUUUUACCUGGUUGCCUGGUUUGAUUUCUUCUCAAAAAUGGUCUGAACGCCAUGCUGCCCUUAUGGCAAUCUCUUCCAUUGCUGAAGGUGCUGAAAAAAUAAUGAAGCGUGAACUAAGCCGUGUAUUGGACAUGGUUUUGCCUCUGUUGGCUGAUCCCCAUCCUCGAAUUCGCUGGGCCGCCUGCAAUGCUGUUGGUCAAAUGUCUACUGAUUUUGCCCCUGAUAUGCAAGUCAAGUAUCCUUCUCGUAUCCUUGAAUCCCUUAUUCCUACUUUAGACUCCCCAGAGGCUCGUGUACGUGCUCAUGCUGCUGCUGCUAUGGUAAACUUCUCAGAAGAGGCUGACAACAAGGUUCUGGAACCAUAUCUCGACGAUAUCCUUCAGCGCCUUCUUGUUCUUUUGCAAUGUCCUCAACGCUAUGUUCAGGAACAAGCUAUUACCACCAUUGCAACUGUUGCCGAUGCCGCCGCUAAAAAGUUUGAUAAGUACUUUGAUGCUAUUAUGCCUCUCUUAAUUAGUGUGUUACGCCAAGCUGAGGGCAAAGAAUUCAGAACCUUGCGUGGUAAAGCAAUGGAAUGUGCUACUUUAAUUGCUUUAGCUGUUGGAAAGGCUCGCUUCUUACCAGUUUCUCAGGAAGUUAUUCAGGUCCUUGGAACCAUACAAAUGAGCAUUACUGACAGUGAUGAUCCUCAGGCUAGCUAUUUGAUUUCUGCAUGGGGACGUAUCUGCCGCGUCCUUGGAAGCGACUUCGUUCCCUUCCUUGGAUCUGUUAUGCCACCUUUGCUUGCAGCUGCUACCUCUAAACCAGAUUUCACAAUCAUUGAUGAUGACACUGAUGAAGGCAAAUUUUCAGAGCAAGACGGUUGGGAAUUUAUUCCUGUUCAUGGACAGCAAGUUGGCAUCAGAACUAGUACAUUAGAGGAUAAAUGUACAGCUACAGAGAUGCUUGUAUGUUAUGCUGCCGAGCUUAAAGGCGAAUUUGAUCCAUAUGUCAAUGAAGUUUUAACUUCUGUUGUGUUACCUGGUUUGAAGUUUUUCUUCCAUGACGGUGUACGCUCAGCAUCAUGCAAAUGUAUCCCCCAGUUGCUGAAUAGCAGGAUAAUUGCUAGUAACCGAGACCCUGUCAAGGUUGCCGAAAUCUGGGAUCCCAUCCUUCGUAAACUGUUAGACUAUAUCCAAAGCGAGCCAAGCUCAGAAAUGUUGUCUGAUUAUUUCCAGUGCUUGUACGAAAGUUUAGAAAUGGUUGGUCCUUGUCUCGAUGCUGCUUCCAUGGAGAAGUUGGUAUCAGUUGUGGAUCUUCAACUAAAAGCUUUCAUUCAACGUGUUCAAGAGCGCGAAGAAAGCUCUCGCAAUGGUGAGGCUGAUGUGGAGGAAGAUGAGGAUGUUAUCUUGGCUGUAGAAAAUGAUCAGAAUAUGCUAAAUGAAAUCAACAGAACGUUCGGCGUAGUCUUGAAACAACACAAAGCAACAUUCUGCCCUUAUUGGGAGCGCUUGUUGCCAUACAUGAACGGUUUUUUGAAUGGUUCCGAUGUUAUUGCCAAACAAUGGGCCUUAUGUAUGAUGGAUGACUUAAUUGAAUUUACUGGACCUGAUUCAUGGGCAUAUAAAGAUCAUUUCCUUCCCUACUUGGCAGAAGGCAUUCAAAAUCCAGAGCCAGAGAUUCGUCAAGCUGCCGCUUAUGGUAUAGGUGUGGCUGCUCAACACGGUGGAGAGUUGUAUUCCGAAAUCUGCUCUAGUGCUUUACCUACCUUAUUCACAAUGCUUGAGGAUCCUGAUGCUCGAGACGAAGAACAAAUAUAUGCUACAGAGAAUAUUGUUGUUGCCAUCAGCAAAAUUUGCCGCUUCUGUAGCCAGCGUAUCCAGGAUCUUGACAAAAUUAUCACUUUCUGGGUAAACACUCUUCCCGUUACCCAUGAUGAAGAUGAUGCACCAUACGCUUAUAUGUUCUUGGCCGAGUUGAUGGAACAAAACCAUGUGGCCGUUGCUACCCAGUUGUCUGUUGUCAUCCCUGUCCUAGCAGAUACCUUGGCUUCUGGAGUUUUGCGUGGCCGUACUUUGGCUCGUUUACUUGAAGCUUCCAAGGCAUAUUUGUCCCAAUUCCCUGUAGAUCAGGUUAACAGUGUCAUUUCUUCUUUGAGUGUUGACAACCAAAGGGCAUUGUCGGCAUAUUUUUGA